AUAUCUCAAAUGUAUAAAAACAAAAGAAAUAAAACUAAAUAUAAAUAUAGAUGACUUGCCACUUUGCAAGAGUUCUAGUAGUUAAUUUUGGCCUAUUAUGGUAUCGAUUGAAGAAAUUGAUGUUUAUACACUGCCUUUUAUAAUUGGAGUAUAUUAUGGUAUGAGCAAGCCUAAUGAUGCUAACGAAUUUCUAACUAAUUUUGUCAAUGAAUUUAUUAUACUUUCUCAGUGUGGUAUUACUGUUUAUGAUGAAACAUAUACAGUAGUUAUUAAUGCAAUAGUAUGUGAUGCUCCGGCUAAAGCAUUUAUAACGUUUACAAAAAGUCACACUGGAUACUUUUCAUGAUUCAGAUGUGUACAAGAGGGUGACUUUGUUAAUAAUAGAGUCACUUUUCCUGAAACUGAUUGUACUUUACGUACAAACGACACAUUUCUAAAUCGAACUCAAAUUGAGCAUCACACAGGCAAUUCUAUAUUAGAGAAAUUAUGUAUUGGCAUGGUUACACAAAUUCCACUGGAUUACAUGCACCUCGUUUGUUUAGGUAUUAUGAAAAGAUUACUGCAAUUAUGGAGUAAAGGGAAUAAAAGUAUUAGUGUCAGCAGAAAAUGUAAAUUUAAUUUUGUUUUAUCUAAUUGCAAUUAGGUCUUGUAUUCCAGCAGAAUUUUCUAGAAAAUCAAGAAGUUUAAAUGAUUUGGACAGAUGGAAGGCUACGGAGUUUCACCAAUUUUUACUUUAUACUAGAAUUGUUAUCAUGAAAUCAAAAAUGUCAUCGAUAUGUUACAAUCAUUUUGUUUGUCUUAGUGUUGCUAUAGGGAUAUUAAGUGAUCCACAGUUAUGUGAAUUAUUCAACGCUUAUGCGAAUUUGUUAUUAGUGUGGUUUGUUUCAAAUAAUGGAAAUAUUUACGGUGAUGAAAAUUUGUCCCAUAACGUUCAUAAUCUCAUUCAUCUUGCCAACGAUGUAAAAACUUUUGCUUAUGUAGAAAAUUUUAGUUGCUUUAAAUUUGAAAAUCAUAUGCAGAAAAUUAAAAAGAAACUACAUCAAUCCGGAAAACCAUUAGAAGAAUGAUCAAAUUUGUUUGAAGAAUCGCAACUACCAAUUCAACCGCACAAUUACACGAUGCAAUAUCUAAUUAUUGUUUAUAAAAACUGAUCAGAUAACAUUUCUUAUUUACAGUUUAAAUGUUUCAAGAUUGCAAUUAAUAAAUGUGACAAUUGUGUUUUACUCGAUGACAACUAUGUAGUUUUUAUUUUAGAUAUAUUUGAACAAAACCGAGUGUUAUGUAUCCGUGUACAACGUUUCUUAAAUCCACAAUCACUUUUUACUAUACUGUGCGAUUCAAAAAGGUUAGGCAUAUUUUAUUAUCAAAUAUUACUACAUUUGACAUUAUAAUAAUUCCAGUAGCGCAAAUACAGAAAAAAUGUAUUAAAUUGAAUGUAGAUAAAAUUGAUUCUUAUGCUAUAUUACCGCUUCAUCUCACUGAUAAUUAGAUGCAAUACAAGUGUACUUCACUAAUUUUUGAUUUUAUCCUUGUUAACAUUUUUAAAAAUUUGUAUCUGUUCUUUUGUUUUUUUAUUCAAAUAUCUUGCAACUUUUAUCUUUGACUCACAAUGAUAACAAAAGGUUUGUAUAACAUUUUAAAAUAAUGGCUGCGUUUCAUAAGCAUCCUUUGUAGAAAUAUACUACUAAGCACUAAUAGUAUUUUGAGGCGCUACGGAACACUACUGUACUACUGAAGUGUAGUAGUGUUAUAGUGUAAUGGUGCAGUAACGCAGUAGUGUUCAGUAGUGUCUCAAAAUACUACUAAUGCUCAGUAGUAUUUUUCUAUAAGGGCCAAUCGCUUACUGAUCGACUAAUUGUAAGUAGCAAUUUCUUACCUUUUAAAGUUUUUCUGGAUCAAACCAAUCAUUUUCAAUUAUUACUUAGCAGCUCAGUGAGUGGUCGUGCUUCUGGAGGCACUUAUUGCUUACAAAAGUUUUAUGUAAAAAAAUAAGACAAGUUUUGAUUAAUUCACAUAUUUAUAACAUUUUGUAUCUUUAUUGAAGAUGAAAUUGUUUUAUGAAAUCUGCAAUUUCACAAUAAAUAUGAAGAACAUGUUUUGAAUCAACUUUUAUUAACACCGUGAAAUAAUUAUGUAAAAGAAGUUAAAAAACGUUAAUAAAAUUGUUGCAUAUAAAAAAUUUUAUUUCUAAAGAUUGUUUUCUGUAAAAGUAUUGUUUCUUUUUAAUUUUUAUUUUUUGUUGAUGCAAGCCCUGUUAAUGAAAACAUUAUGUUUUUGUAGAUCGUAAAAGAGAUAAUGGAUUGUGACAUACCAGGAACGUCAAAAGACUGGUGUUAUGUGGUUGUUGAGUUUCUCACAGACUCCACAUAUUUAAAAAUUCCAAUUACAUGACUUAUAUUAGGUUCCGAUAAUCGGGAUACCUAUAAUCGGCAGUGCUGGUGGCCGCCUAGAACAGCUAACUGUCCACUGAUGAUUGCAAACUGUGCCAGUCCUGAUUUUAAAACAUGGGAUUGCUACGAUGUGAAGAUUAUAAAAUAUUGCAAGUCUCUUGAAUCAGCACGGAAACAUGCAUCAGAUACCAAUUACAAGACGACUGACGAGGAAUCGUUAGGCCGAGGACAAAGGCAACAUCCUCCAUAUAAUCGCUUUAGUAGCGAUGAGGAACAGGAUCAUAGCAAACCUCAAAAAUAUAUGAAAAAAAAACGAUUCGAUACUGUUGAUUCGAAGCUACCAUCAUGUCCUGAGAAUCUCGAAUUAUAUAAACAUAAAAGAACAAUCAAAGGAACAAACAAUGGACAUGAAGAUGCAACGUCACUACAAGGUAUCUUAUCAAUAUAACAAAUUUUGUGUGUGUACAUGUGCGGGCAUGUGUGUGUGUGUGCGUGCGUGCGUGCGUGCGUGAUUAUUACCAGGGUUGGAAAGUAACACGUUACUUGUAAUGCCGUUAUCGCUUUUGUCAUCUUUUUUUGAUAACAUUAGUUACCUUUUUGCACUAACGGUAAUAAAUUUUUGCUAUUUUUAUCGUUACUUUAUUUUUCUAUUACCUUUAUAUCUAUUUAAUAGAUCGCGUGUUAAUCGCGUGAUUGAAUAAAAUAUUUUGAUACAGUACUUUUAUAUCUUGGGUUGCAUUCUGAUACUCAAUGUCGAUAUGCAUUGAAUAAUUUAUAGUACAUAUAUAUUAUAGAUUUUUGGCACUGGCAGCGAUUAUUAGAAUGGAUUCUUAAUAACAUCAUUAAUGUUUAAAAAUAUUUAAUCUAAGUUUUUAUAAAAAUAAGUAUACUAAAAAAUUAUAUAAUUAGAAAAAGUAUUAGAUAAGCUUAAUAUAAAGAUAAGCGUGCUCUAUGUAAAAAUAACUUUGAGAGUUUCAAGUUUUCAUAUUUAUUAUUACACAAAAUUUAACAUUGAUACACUGUGACACGAAUUGUAGACUACAAUCCAAAUAAGAUAAUUCUUCUAGGUUUUUUAUCACUGAAAAAUCCACUAAUAAAAUUGCUGUACCAAUCCAUAAAUGAGAUUGCUCUUUUAUGUCACAUUUUUAAGGUAUUUUAGUUCAAAAGUGCCCAAAAAUACCAUUUUUGGCACCUUGAAGUUUAAUUUUUUUCUGAAAUGUGACGUGACAACAAUUUCCUUUAGAGAUUCAUUUUAGGUGACAAAAAUUCUAUAAGAAUUAUUUUAUUUGAUUUUUGACCUUAAUUAAAAUUUUAACCCAUAUAAUGUCCCAAAAAUAAAAAGUUCUGUAAAAUGUAAAGUAUAAAUGA